AUGGAUCACCUUUUCUGGAGAGUUGUUCCACCGAUGGAGGAUCAUCAUUUUGCUUGGAUACUUUGGUACAUCUGGAAAGGAAGAAAUAAUAAGGUUUUUAGUAAUCUGGAUAUGGAUCCUAGGGACACUCUUAAGUUGGCAGAAACGGAAUCCACACUCUGGGCAGAGGCACAUAUUUUGAAGGACCAGAACACGGGAACACAGGUUCAGGCAUCUCUGCCUUCAAUUCCUGGAAGAUGGUGUUUUACUGAUGGAUCAUGGAAAGAGGGGGAUAUGUUCUCUGGUCAGGGUUGGUUCAGUACUUUAGAAGGUUUUGAAGGUCUAAUGGGAGCCAGGAAUGUAAGAGCUUCUUUAACUCCCUUGCAUGCAGAGAUGGAGGCGCUACUAUGGGCUAUGGAAUGUAUGAAGAAUUUACGUCAACUCAAGUGGUUGAGGUUCAUUCUGAUCUAUGUCGGAUUAUCACUGUUUCCAGCUAAUUUGGUUGUGUUCUUGAUUCGACUGUCGGUUGAUCUGCAGCUAAAGCUCUGA